ACUACCCCCACCCUUUUAACUGAGCUCCCCUAGCCAGUGCAAAUCUCGGACGGACGCAUGUUUUCUUAAGGGAUUCUUGCCGAAUAUAACGUGAAAGCUUGAAGAGAAUAAAGUGGAGCUGAAUCUUACGUAACGUAACGUACAAAGGACUAAUUCUGAUCCAUAAGUCAGCUGAAAAUGGAAUCCGGAAACAAUUUACCUGAUGUGGAUAAUUACCUUUGUGGUGAUCAUCAGCAAUUUUGCGUGUCAUGGACUUCCCACCAGUCUAACAUGCAUAAUGCAUUUCCAAAAUUGUUGAGCUCCGAACAGUUUGUUGACGUCACGUUGGCCUGUGACGGCGGCUCUAUAAAAUGUCACAAGGUUGUACUAUCUGCCUGUAGCGAUUAUCUAGAGCGACUGCUUCUGGAUAUUCCCUGCACUCAUCCAAUAAUUUUUCUACGCGACAUGAGAAUGUGGGAACUUCAGGCGCUCGUUGAAUUCAUGUACCGUGGAGAGGUUUAUGUCGCACAACAGCAAUUGACAAAGCUGAUGCAAGCUGCCGAAGCUUUACAGGUACGCGGUCUAUCGAAUCAAGGAAAAGACAACCCGGACCUGAAUGCUGAAUCCAGUUCCCAGCAAUCAAAUAAUCUUGAGACGCCAACAAUUCCGACAAAACAAAUAACAAUCGACAAUAUCAAAAUUGAAGAUACACCAAUGAUGGCUGCAAAUAAUGCCAAUCUCCUCGAGUGCACCCCGACAAUUGGAUCUCUUCAAGUGACUCCUUCUGCAGCACCCAUCGCAACUCAAAACUCUCAGAAUUCUGUUAACAUGGAACACACCGAGGCACUCCACCACUUGGAAAAAGCAUUGAGUGCUUGCGAAGCAACUCUCACCGAGACUCCGGGACUGGUGAAGAUGGAGCCGGAUGAACAAUUCAACCAUGAUCAGAAACCAUACACUAUUAGCAUGGUCCGUGCUACUAACUGCACACCAGGCAGCCCGUUUCCAGCAAUUGAAGGCUACCAAAGACGACAGCGCCGUUCCGAAGAAGAACUGAAACAAGCAUCCGACAUGGUCGCACGUGGUAUGACGUUCCAAGUUGCUUCAGAAAAAUAUAACAUCCCAAUUAGUACGAUCCGUUUCUACAUGGUACGCAAGGGAAUCUUACAGAGGAGGAAACGUGGACGCGGAUCCAAUAGUCUUGGAAUGAACAGUCAACCAGGUAGUCCUGCGAGCCCACCGUUUCACAUGAUGAACUACCGAUUGCCGGAGAGUCUGAACACCAGUUUACCUUAGUGCUAUCCUAAAAAGUAGUGAGAUCUUAGAUUACAGUUAAGUCAAAUUGAUUGAUUUCCAACAUCUUGGAGCUGUUCCAGACUAAUUUUUCAUAGGAAACUCACCACUUCUUGGAGGUCGUGUCAUUUUAGGUUACUGAUACACAGUUAAGAUGGUAAAAUCUAAGAUCAUUACGGAGAAAUAAGAAUUCAGUGCGGUGAUUGAGAACGUAAAUGUAAAUUAAAGGAUGCUCUAUUGAAUUGUCUUAGCGAGAGGUGAAGUCCUGCACUAUUGUGCAUCAGGCAUGAGCUAUGUUACUCUAAAUGAUUUCUGAUUUUUGGUACUAUGUUGCUUUCAUGAAUUCAAAAUUAUUAGACGUUCAAUGACUGGAGCACAAGACUGUAGAUUUAAAAAUGAGAGAUUAUUUGCCAGAUUUAUUAAUCCAUUUUCUAGGCGUAAGACUACCUCUGUAUUUCGAUGACGCUCUAUUGACAAAAUGUCUAGGUUUGUCAAUUCCCGUUUAUCGAUGGUAAAUAGUUUACUACUUUGUUAACGAAUUUCGUUAACAGAUUUUGUACAGCUUUACUAUCGGCUCAACACAUUGCUUUAUGUACUUACUCAGAACAUAAUUUUUCUUAUGUUUUCAUAUCUUUGAUUUAUUUGAUUUUUUUUUUUUUUUAUUGCUCAAAUUGUAAAUUAUGAUUAUGACAGUUACUCUCUUUCGUACAUUGGUAUUAACAAUGAUCCAUUUUCAGUUCUUACAUUUUCUUUUGUUAUAAUAUUAAAAUGACUAUCAUUUGCUUCACUCAAUCGUUGCCUUAUGAAAUAAGUUACUAUUCGCAAUUAGAAAUCAUCAUCAUAGGAUUUACGCUAGCAAAAAUUUAAGGCAACUACUGAAAAAGAACAACACGUUUCUUCCCAUCGCGUAUUAUCAACUAGACUAUUUUCGUAGAAAUAAAAAAAUCUGACAUAUAUGUUGGAGCUAAUGAUAAGUUUACUAGUUAAUAGUUCAUGCUUGGAGCCUGAAAUAGUCGAAAAUAAUAUGCCUCACUCUCUAUUAUGAGUCUCGAACAGCUCGCGUAUGUAUAUACUCAUCGUAAAAAAUGUUUUUCAGAUUUACUGCAUUAAUUUUAUUCGAGACGGUGAGUUCUCAUCCAUCACUGGUCCAUUCGUGAUCAUAUAAUUCGUCAUUCGCUCAACUAUUUCACUCAUAGUCAAAACCCAAUGCAGGACACUGAAGUGCCUGUAUAGUUGAAUUUCAGGUUCGAAUUAUUACAUGUUUUAUCUCGUGAAAAGCCAAUUGGUUUAAGUUAAGUCUGGAAAAUACUUAUACGAUGUAUUUUGGUCCAGUUUCAGUCUUGAACUUGGUUUACAGGAUUAUAAAUCAAAUUUGAAUGAGAAAUCCAGGUCUAUGAAGCUUUGAGAGAUAAAAAUGCACCUUAACAUGAUGCGAUAAAUGCUACUUUAUCAUUCCUCUGUAUACAACGUAUUAAGAAAUUGAACAAUGCAGUGACUGACGAUAAAGCCUGAAAAUUGCUUUUGUGAUACUGACCAUAUAUUAAUGAUUAUACUAACAGAACUAAGUUUGAGACUGGAGAUACUGGGAAUACUUAAUUAAUUAGUAAUAACUUAGUAACCGCAGCCCCCGUAUCCUUAUACAGAUAUUUUUGUAGGCACUUUAUCAUGAAAAGUGAGUUCUUUCUGGCCAUUUCUCAUAAACUAUGCAAAUACACUGAUAAAUAUAUUGUUAAAUUAUAUGGUAACGAGUAAUUAGAUCGAUAUUCUUUCAGAGAUAACUGUUUAGCUUUCAUAGGCGCCACGAAAAAAAUGAGGAAUCAUGACAUAAAGUAAAUUAAUCAAUGCUUAUUACGCAAUAGUGUACAAACAUAAAGUUUUAAAUAGAGGGUAGAAAGAAGAAAACAAAAUAAUUUUACCAUUUUUAACAAAAAUGAUGGAAGAAAGUCAUGAUUAUAAUUUUUUAUCUAUCAUUUUUGUUGAAGUUGGUUUGGCCUUUCAGAAAAGUUUUGUCUAAUAGGCAAUAAUAAUGACAACAUUUGAAGUCGUAGAGAGCGAUGUAUUGCCUUUGUUAAAUAGCAUUUUGAUAGAAUCAUAUUUUUCCAUACUAUGCAAUAAAAUCGACCCAUAUUAGUUGAGAGUGUUUUACAGGUAACAGUGCUGAACAAAGGACCAUAUACCAAAUUAUUUUCAAACUAUUUGACGAUAGUAAUUUAUUUUAGAAAGCUUUCAAAAAGCAUUUACAACGUUACAUAAUUCACAGCAAUGUAAUCCGCGAUUACGCACCAUUAAACGAGCUAAGCAGUCAUGUCAAGCAACAGAAAUAAGAUUAUGAUACGUUUUGUGUUGUUUCGCAUAUAACUGUCGUAGAAAAAUUGAGACAAAGAAAAUAUUUGGGAGAAAAGUUAUUCGUCAUUUUGCGCUUAUGUUUACUGUUUUAAUGAAAUUAAGAAUUCUUAUAGUAAUUUUUUCACAUAAACUAAAAAUACAUUUGUAAUGUUUGGGACAUUCCAUGUUAAAUCGACCUGGGUCUGACCGUUGACCUGUCCGAUUUGGCUCGGGAUUAUUUUAUAUAAUUGCUUUGACUCGAAGGCACUAGUUUUUUCGAAAUUUUUCGAAUUGAUUUGAAUUAGUCGCUAUAAAUUUUGAAAACUAUUACGUUGAUCGACACAAUUUAAAAACUUUUUAACAUUAGAUUUUUCGGCAAAAUCUCGAUUGUCAUAUCCCAAAUAUCCGAUCUUAUUUUUUAUUCCGGUUGAUAUGUACCAAAUGCCAAUAUAUGCGUCGACGAACGAGGAAUGUCAGUUUUAGUGUGAGAAAACAAUCAACUCACAAAAAUCGGUCAGAAUUAAUUUAUCUCAAGUGUUACAGUUUACCGUGGUUUUACGAUAAGUGAAUCGAAGAAACGAUUUCCGAUUCCAUGUUCAGCACUUCUUCUGUAUACUCUUAGGUACAAAUUAUUGUCCUAAGCUUCCAGUCAACAAAGGUUUUAUGAAGAUUAUUGAACCCAGUAUUUCAAACCAAUGAAGAAUAAUUAAUUCUUUAACGGCAUACAUAACGCAUUUGUAAGAUUAGCAAAAAUGUUGAACCAGUAAGGUUCACAGUGUUUGUGUCUUUAUUUUCUAGCGGUAAUCCGUGUCAUACUCAUGUGUAUAAUAAUAUUUCAUAACGUGUAACUAAACAACAAUCAAAUAAGCGUGGAAAAUACUUAACGAUUAUUGUCAAAGCCGCUAUUAGGAUAUACUAUAUGCAUAUUUAGCCAUUUUUUAUUAUCCUAAUUCUAUUUAAUUUCUAUCAUUUAUUAUUUAUCAAUUACCCAUUUCUACCGAGUUAGGUAUUAUUAUUUGUAGAGACUACUACAUUUCGCAGCUGAAAAUUCUGGUUCGAUGCUUUAUUAAUCAUUUCCGUAAGUGUAUUAUUCAGUUCCAAACUUCGGUUCAAUCACUAAAGCAAGGAAUCUGGCUGAAGUUCCCUCUCCCGUGUCAAUUCAUGUUUAAUCAAAUGAUCUUUCGGGCCUAAUCAUGUUUCAUUGAUAUUGACUUCAUAAAUCUGGAUUAGUUGUAAAAUAACAAUCGCGAAAAAUGGAACAUAGAAUGAAGUAUUUACAGAGCAUUAUUUCCAAUGUCUCACUUUUUUAGAAAUAGUCGUCAGAAAGUUUUUUUAAUUGUCAGAAAAAAUCGUCUUUUUCAAAAAUGAAAAUGUUCCUAUGUCAAAAAUUAAAACUGUCUAUAAAACUCAGAAAAAUUACCCAAUUGAUGGUAAAUGUUACAAAAUUAUUUUAUUCUUGGCUCCACCGUUAUAAUUGAAUAUAUACGUCGAUUUGGCCAACAGGUAUCAUACUAUUAUUAUUUGAUAACGAUUUGUCAUAUCUGUACUUGCCACAUCUGCUUUAGUCUGAAGUCUGCGAAAUUUGUGUCACACUGGAAACAUUAGUUAGUUGAUUGUACAAUUGUUACUACAUCACGAAUAAUUCGGGAUAUAAUUCCGUUACGCCUAUGUAUUUUGAUAUCAUAAUUCGCUAUUAUGAAUCCCCGAUCAGGUAUAUAUUAUAGAUAUAUAAAUAUCCAUUAUGUUUCUGUUCAAGUGAAUAUUCUACUCUAUAUAGAAAUUUACCAAUUGUAGAAAAAUCUUUUUUUUUUAGAUCAUUAGCCAUAUAAGUUGCCAGCGAUGUUUUUAGCAGCUAAAGAGGAAGAAAAAAAAAAAAAAAUUGCCAGAUUCUUGAAAUCAAAGUAUUUUCCGUCAUUUUUAUGAAAUGAUGAUUAACGUUUUAAGAAUAUAUGAUUACUUAAUUUUAGGAUGCGUAAGAUGUCUUAGUGAAGCAUGCUUCGAAUUAGAAACUUAGAGCAGCAGUAUGAUAAUGAUGAUAAUAAUAAUAAUAACAAAUAAUAAUAACUAUAAUGAUGAUCCCGUUAAUGAUGACGAAGAUGAUGAUGAUGGUUAUUAUUAGUUACAAAGUAAGGCAUUUAUUAAGUGCAAAGUAUUUCUUAAUAAAAGUAAUCACAAAAACAA